CGGGGAUGAGCUGAUUGCAGUGAGAGCGUCGCUCCGGCCCCCGCCAGUCUGCUCGCUGCCGUCUCCCCGCCUCCCUGCCAGCCGCGAUCAUGUCCAUCCACAUCGUGGCGCUGGGGAACGAGGGCGACACGUUCCACCAGGACAACCGGCCGUCGGGGCUCAUCCGCACGUACCUAGGGAGAAGCCCGCUGGUGUCGGGGGACGAGAGUAGUUUGUUGCUGAACGCGGCCAGCACGGUCGCGCGCCCGGUGUUCACCGAGUACCAGGCCAGUGCGUUCGGGAACGUCAAGCUGGUGGUGCACGACUGUCCGGUCUGGGACAUUUUUGACAGUGAUUGGUACACCUCCCGGAACCUAAUUGGGGGUGCUGACAUCAUUGUGAUCAAAUACAAUGUAAAUGACAAGUUUUCAUUCCAUGAAGUAAAGGAUAAUUAUAUUCCAGUGAUUAAAAGAGCAUCAAACUCAGUUCCAGUAAUCAUUGCGGCUGUUGGUACAAGACAAAAUGAAGAAUUACCUUGUACAUGCCCCCUGUGUACUUCAGACCGAGGGAGCUGUGUUACCACCACAGAAGGGAUCCAACUUGCCAAAGAACUGGGAGCUACCUAUCUGGAACUCCACAGCCUUGAUGAUUUCUACAUUGGAAAAUACUUUGGAGGAGUGUUGGAGUAUUUUAUGAUACAAGCCUUAAAUCAGAAGACAAGUGAAAAAAUGAAGAAAAGGAAAAUGACCAGCUCCUUCCAUGGGAUUCGACCUCCUCAACUUGAACAGCCAGAAAAGAUGCCCGUCUUGAAAGCCGAGGCAUCACACUAUCACUCCGACUUGAAUAACUUGCUGCUGUGCUGCCAGUGUGUGGACGUGGUCUUUUACCACCCAGAAGUGAUGGGUGUUGUGGAAGCCCACAAGAUCGUGCUCUGCUCUGUAAGCCAUGUCUUCAUGCUGCUUUUCAAUGUGAAGAGCCCUGCCGACAUUCAGGAUUCCAGCAUCAUCCGAACCACCCAGGAUCUCUUUGCCGUAAACAGAGAUGUUGUGCUUCCGGGUGCCUACCAGGACCGCCCUGGCAACCCGCCCGUGCAUGUUGUUGUAAAGGACGUCCUCUUCUGCUCGUGUUUAUCUGACAUUCUGCGCUUCAUUUAUUCAGGUGCUUUUCAGUGGGAAGCGCUGGAAGAAGACGUCAGGAGGAAGCUGAAAGAUUCAGGGGAUGUUUCUGAUAUAAUUGAGAAAGUUAAAUGUAUUUUAAAAACACCAGGAAAGAUUAAUUGCCUGAGGAAUUGCAAGACCUACCAAGCCAGGAAGCCUCUGUGGUUUUAUAAUACGUCUCUCAAGUUUUUCCUUAAUAAACCAAUGCUCGCCGAUGUUGUCUUUGAAAUACAAGGAGCAACUGUGCCAGCCCACAGGGCCAUCCUGGUGGCACGAUGCGAAGUGAUGGCUGCCAUGUUUAAUGGUAAUUAUAUGGAAGCCAAGAGUGUACUGAUUCCAGUUUAUGGCGUUUCCAAAGAGACAUUCUUGUCAUUUUUAGAAUACUUAUACACAGACUCUUGUUGCCCAGCCGGCAUUUUCCAGGCCAUGUGUCUCCUGAUCUGCGCUGAGAUGUACCAGGUCUCCAGACUGCAGCACAUCUGUGAGCUGUUCAUCAUCACUCAGCUGCAGAGCAUGCCCAGCCGGGAGCUGGCCUCCAUGAACCUCGACAUUGUAGACCUGCUCAAGAAGGCCAAGUUCCACCACUCGGACUGCCUCUCCACCUGGCUGCUUCACUUCAUCGCCACUAACUACCUCAUAUUCAGCCAGAAGCCCGAAUUUCAAGACCUUUCAGUGGAAGAAAGAAGUUUUGUUGAAAAGCACAGAUGGCCAUCAAACAUGUACUUGAAGCAGCUGGCAGAAUACAGGAAGUAUAUCCACUCCCGGAAAUGUCGAUGUUUAGUCAUGUGACCUGAGCUUUUGCAGAAUACACUUUUUAAUUAUUAUGAAGAAUGGGUACUUCUAUAACUAAAGUCAAUAUGUUUUAAAAAUCACCAUAUAGCUUCUUACUAGUUAUCUUUUAAAGAAUAUGGUGGUCUUAAAAGGGAACAAAAGCUACCACAGGCUUGAUUAAUGCUUCACCUAGAAUAUAAAAUUGUUGGACAUUCGGUUCUCUUUUACAUUGCCUGAUUGCUUUAAUAACAUCAAGAUCUCUCUUAGUUAAGAGAUGUUUAAUUUUAAAAAAAAUCAUCUGGGAUAAAUACAAAAACUUCAUCAUGUAUGAGUGAUUGCCCUGCUAAAAUAAGGGGCAUUUAAGAAACAAGUGUAACCAUAGGAUUCAGAGGAGCACUAACCACUGUAGCAUGAAAUUGUAGGAAUAGAAAUUUGUCCAAGACUUGGAUAGUCAUGUGUCAUCUGGUUUCCAGUUCAGUAAAAGUACUUGAAUCAAUAUGAUAGCCCCAUCUGGACCAUCCACCCAUAUCUGCUUGUCAAUCAGGCUGCAAACCUAAGCAGACUGGUAGUUAUCCUUGUGUACCCUUCUGGCGUCUUAUAGACUUCCACACUUAGAAGGACCUGGUCUUUGGCUUAGUACUCUGCUAGUGCAGUUGUUAAAUUCUUAAAAAUGUUUGAUGAAGGGUCCAUGUUUUCACUUUGCACUCACUCCCCAAAAUUGCUGAUACAGUGUCUUCUUUUCCUUUUUUUCUUUUUUGUUUUGCUUUAUUUUAUUUUAUUUUAUUUUUUAAGAUGGUGUUUCUCUGUGUAACAUCCCUAGCUGUCCUGGAACUUGCAGUAUAGACCAGGCUAGCCUCAAAUCCACAAAGAUCAGCUGGGAUUAAAGAUGAUUUAUCCCACCACCUUGUCUGGCUUAAAAUGCUUUUUUCUUGCUCAAACCUUCUCUCUGUGGAAGCAGAAAUGUUGCUGAUAGCCAGGAAAGAGCAUGAGGCUUUUGGCCAGGAUAGCAGAGUGAAGACUCCCAUCUUUUGGGAAGCAUAGACGCACAGCCCAAGCUCCUCCACAAAGACAUUUCCCGGCAGUAAGAAAUGCUGAAAUGGUUUUUGUUGGUUUUGGAGCACUCCCCCAGUUCUAGCUGUAGCCCAGAAAAGCAAAUACUUUCUUGAUCAAUAUGUAAAGUCAGGAAGUUAGUAAGAGUGACUGAGUAGCCUGACUAUAAUAUACAGUUAUAGUGAUAAUCACAGGAAAAGAUGCCUUCGAAAGAGUUGGGAUUAACAGCUUAAAUAGUCUUUCUUUUAACUGUCUGUUAAGAAUAGGAUGUCAAAGGCUUUAAUUGAGUUCUUUUCAAGGACUGAUAGACUAUUUGGUAUGAAGUAGCAAAGCUAUCUAGGACAGUUAAAAAAGAUCUAAAUCAAAGACAUCCUAGAAACAAUGGAGAGAAGGCAGAGUUAGUUUCUCUCAUAGCAUAUAUUUGCAGAAAUGGCUCUUCAAGAUGCUCAAAAGCAUGGAAAAAGCGUAUUACUAAUUAUUGUUAAUAUCAUGGUCAUCUGAUGUUAAGUCUUGGGAUAUAUUUUUUUAGUUUCUGGUGAUUUUAGUAUGCAUAUUUUUUCUAACUUUUCAGAAGUUUGAUUCAACAGUCUUAUCCUAUAGUGUUAGGAUUCCAUACAGAGAACCCUGUUAUGCGUACCAGUACUAUCAAAAUAAAGAGGAAAGAAUUCUUGUAGAUAGAAUCCCAAGAGAGCUCAUUGUAAUUGUGCUGUGUUAAUGAAGAUUACUGGGAUGAAUUUUGUGUUUUGUAUUUUAAUCUCUUGAGUGAAUCAACUAUUGGGAAACCCCAUUUGGCGGCUUAGCAUUAGAAAGAACAGACACAGUAGCUGAUGCCUAGAAGCUGCUUUGCUUUUUCAGAUCCAGUGGUAGCCUUUGAUACUCCAAAAUAAUUAUGUUCACACUCUGUACUGAUGACAUUUAAAAUUCUAAAACUUUAUGAAAUUGAAAUGAAAAAUAGGAGUUGUGAAACAAAGUAUUUUCUUGGAAGUAUUAUUUUAACAUUUAGAUGGAUCAUAACUAAUUCUACUAGGGUGUUACUCCUGAGUAGGAGUUGAGUUUGGAACUGGUGGUCUUGCAUGUUAAACAUGGAGUGUGACUGGGGCAGCCGUGAGUCAGAAUAUAAAUGAAUUCUUAAACAUUUGAAUACAGACUCCUCAGUAUUGUUGAAUUCACUCAAUUGGAAGUAAUAGGAAAUUUUAAACCUUUCUAAAUGAUCUUGGGUAAAUUAUUGGUGGUUGUGAGGGUUGUUUCCCAAUCAAAGGUUAUUUCUAGAUGGCUAUAUGCUUUGCUGCAAUUUCUGCUUCCAUCUGUUUACCAAGCAUGUUACUUAGAAAGGAUACUGUGUAGCUGGACGAAGGCUCCUCAGGCUGGCUAGCCUCCUGCUGUGUACUCUCUGUAUGCUGCUGACUAGAUCCCCAGUUCUGCUGCAGGCAACUAAAUUUCUAAUAGAGAACAUUGGUGUGGGAGCUGAGGUGCACUCCUGUGCAAGCCGUACUGGAGAUUCACAUUGCGAGGAGAAGACGGAGAAAUCAGAUGGAUUUCCAAAAUGGCCAAACUUUUCAACUGUAAUUUUAUAAGUGAUACUACACUGAUAUAGCCAAUUAGAUUUAAAAUGUCUUCAAAAAUUACUUUAUUUUAUUUAAAGCAUCUGCUUAAUGCAACUUUUAAUCAGAUUUUGCAAAGGGUAUGUAUGUAUUUUAAUAUAGUCUGACCUGAAUUUAUAUGUUUUUAGCUUUAGUAUUUAACCUUUUAUAACAAAUAAACCAUUUUUUUAAAAACCAA